AUGCUACUAUCUACAGUGCAGCCUUCUAUCAUCUCUCUCUUCUCAUCCACAAGCUCCGACCCAUUGACUCUGUUCAGUUCAGCUACCGAUCAGACUCUGCUUGCUGAUUCUUUCAUCCACUUUCUUCACGACCGGCUUUCUUCCCCGCUUCCUGAAUCCCCAAGGGUGCUUCUUAAACUGCCAACAGUCAGUGACGCAACAGAACAGGAAGAUUCUCCAGAUCAUGGUGUGCAGCUUGACCAAACCGUUCUUCAUAUUCAAUCACCAACGAUCCGAACUACGUACAUUCAAUGCCCACCAAUUCUUGCUCCUUAUGGUGACAUUGGGAAGCAUGACCGACCUGGUGGCUUGGGGAUCAGACAUCCUUGGAUGCACCUCCAGGUACGCAACUUGGCAAGGGAAUGGUCUGUCGAAGUUGGCAUCGUGGAUCAUGCAGGGCGGUCCGGUACCAUCCGUUUGUCUACUUUUCAGAACAAACCGUGUCUAAAAAUCGACCAACAUUCACGAUCACCACCCUUGCUUCUGCUUCCCCUGUCAUUUCCCCCUGAUUCGACGCAUCUUUUAACUCUAUGGAGCACCAUCGACAUCCACUUCCCUUCCCUUCUUCCGUAUUUCUCCUCGCCCGCCCUUCGCUCCAUGCAAGAUAUUGAUCAAGAAGACACUGAGGAAGACACGAAGUCCCAUGAGUGGGCUUCGAGUUCGCGUCCGAACACUACCGCACCGGCCUCUAUCCCUAGCGGGACCUAUUCACACGUCUCAUACGUUCGUGUGUACGCGAACUGUCGUCUUCGGAGGAUCUGGUUCGGAGAAGGCGGGCCAAGUCAAAAGGGUCCUUGGGAAUUUGAACUCUACUCCAGUGAUUGA